AUGAGCGUAUACUGUGACGAGGAUUUGUUUCUGGCAAUCUUUGGUAUGGUACGGCCAACAUUAACACCUGCUGCAAGAAUGACGAACACUGCUAAUGAAAUUUGUGCCGUCAUGGAUGCAUUGAAGCUUGAUGAGAUUGCAAGUUAUUUCGACCAAGAUGGCGACGAAAUCGACCCCUAUGUUGUUUGUGAGGGAGUUUCCGUUGAUGCGUUCAAUGAGUAUGUUGGAGAGGGUGAAGGACUGCGGAUUGCGCUUCGAUUUCUCGCCCUCCAUGAUGGACGUAUUGUGAUUGUCGACCUUCCAACGACAGUGCAUGAGAGCACUGCAAGAUCUUUCGAGAAAGUGUUUAAUCUUGCAUCAGGAAAUGCUCUUGAGGUUGCAAGUCGUGGCUCGAUGACGGCGAGUAUAGCUGCGCUUCCAAACAAGGAGGCUGAUGCGACAUUUGGACCGACGAAAAUUACGCUCAACCGAACACCGGCACCAGCACCUCGCACCGUUACUGAUUGGGUCACGCUGGCAGUGGAGGUUGGAAGAUCUCAGACGUGGACAAGUCUGUUGGAAGCUGCCGAGUGGUGGUGCAAUUCCAGUGGAAUCCAGUAUAUCCUUCUCUUGAAAAUCAGUCCUCAAGGUGUUCGGAUGCGAUACGCGCUUUAUGAUAUUGCCGUACUUGGCAUUCUACCAGCGCCAACUGCAAGUGGAACGGUUUAUCGACGCACCAGAGAUCAACCUGCUGUCGAUGUCUUCUUCGAUAUGCGCCAAAUUUUAUCGAUUCCCCCGAAUGCAGCUCUUCCACCAGGCGUGAGCCCAACAGCUCGUGUCGAUCUGCGCACCGUCAUGAAUCUUGUAAUCGCUAGUCUUGACUAA